AUGUCAUCGCUCUACUCCACCGGAUACGCUGUAAUGUGCCUUUGUGGAGCGUUACUAGGCCAUGAGGACGUGCUCGGUCACUCGCUGUCUCUACUUCUGUUCGUACCAGUAAUUCCUGGUGUGCUCUCUACCUUGGCGAUUGUGCUUAUGCCAGAAACUCCAAAAUUUCUCAUGAUAUCGAGGCCAUUGGAGAGUAAAAACACCGAAGUGAAGGAGCCUGAAGGAGGGAUCAAGGCCGUCCUUACCACCAAACAUCUGCGGGGCGCCUUCGCAAUCUCCGUUGCCGUCCUUAUUCUGACCCUACCAUUCUAUCCAAUUCUACAAAACAGCACCCACUUCUUCACACACCUUCAAGUUCCAAAAUCUGAUGGUGUCCUUUACAGCAACAUUGCACAACUUUCGUCUUCCUUGUUGAUGGUACUUCUCACCUGUUCCUGCAUCACAUCUACGUGUAUUGUUGAUAAGCUUCCAAGAAGGGUCGGUGUCGGACCGGUUGCAUGGUUUAUCUCACCUGAGUUGGUACCCCUACAGUACCGAUCAGCCAUGUUCUGCUUAUGUUACGCUGUACAUAGUGUGCUCGUCGUACUCACCAAUUUCGCCACAAUACCUCUGCUUGGAGUGAGUUUGACUCAUCAAUAA